AUGUCUGCCAUACACACUCGAUCCAGACCAUCGAUAGCACACGAUCCGGGUCCUUCCUACCGCGCGAUCGACGACUAUGAGAUGGACUACGAGACAUCCGCACUCAUCGCGCAGCUCGCGCUACAAGACAUCGAACAGGCCUAUUCAUCCCGCAAAGGAAAAUCGCGCUUCGGCGCAGGCUUGACGGACGAGGAGGUGGCGUAUCAGCUCCAGCUCGAGAGCUUCCAGCGGCUUCUGGCUGAAUCUGAGGAUGCGAAGCUUGCGAGGAGUCUUGAUGCGGCUGUGUGCGCUGAUGCGGUGUAUUUGGAGGCGGUUAUGGUUGCUGAGGAGGCGGCUAAUGCGGAUAGGAGGGCUGCGCAGUUGCUUAGUCGCGGUGAGAGGCUUCCGAAGCCGACUGCUGCGCAGGCUCGUGUCGAGAGCAGGGGUUUUGUUAUGCAUCCGGAAUCCCAGAGGAAUUCCAUGCCUCAGCCAGCAUACGAAGUUCCUGUCAAUGAUUACGAUGAUGAUAUCUCCGAUACAGAAAGUUACAUUGGAGAAUUUGACAGAAUGCAGCUGGAAAAAUACGUCAAAUGGAAGAUGGCUGAAAGUAAGGCUAGAGUGACGGAGGGGCGACCAAAGGCAGCGCCAUCGCCAAACGCUACUGCUGGCCCAAGUGUCAAUCGAAAUAGGACAGUCGCUUGUCUCGUUUGCACCGAGAAACUGCAUAUCAUCCCUGGUGGAAUACACAACUCGAGACGAGAGCAUGUUCCCCUUGAAAUGCUGCGGCAUGAAGCCAAUCCCCUUCACCGACGUCAUCCCAUUCCUAUCAAACGAGUUGAUCAAGCUCUACAGGCAAAAGGAAAGCGAGUUCAGCGUCCCAAUUCAGGAGAGAAUCUACUGCGUUAG